UAAUAGGGAGCUCAUCUGAAUGACAAUCGUUCCACUGGCAAUGCAUUUCAUCAGCUUUAUAUAAAAGUGGACCAUCAGUGGUGCAGCGUGAACAAGUGGCUUUUAUUCGAUUGGGUGACAAGGAAGAUAAGGUGAUUAUGGAGCGAACGGGGAAGAUCUUCUUCUACGAGGACAAGAACUUCCAGGGUCGUUACUUCGAAUGCAGCAGCGACUGCCCUGAGCUCAGCUCCCACUUCAGCCGCUGUAACUCCAUCCGGGUGGAGGGUGGGUCCUGGGUCAUCUAUGAGAGACCCCAGUACAUGGGCUACCAGUACAUCCUCAUGAGAGGGGAGUACCCCAAUUACCAGAGCUGGAACGGCUUCAAUGACACCAUUCGCUCCUGUCGCCUUGUCAGACAUCCUUCCAGCAGACACAGACUCCGCAUAUACGAGCGUCCGGACUUCGGCGGACAGACGAUCGAGUUCAGCGAGGAUCUGCCCAAUCUGCUGGACCGCUGGCGCUUCCGAGACAUUCACUCGGCUCAGGUCCAGGAUGGUGUCUGGGUCUUUUAUGAGCAUCCGAACUACAGGGGGCGCCAGUACCUGCUGGAAAAGGGCGAAUACCGACGCCAUGCAGAGUGGGGGGCCCUUCAUCCAUCUGUAGGCUCCAUUAGACGUGUUGUGGACUUUUAGAUACAUUUAAGAUGACAU